AUGGACAUAGUUCAAUCAGCCACCACAGAAAUCAUGAUUGCUAAGACAUCCUUCAAGAAAAUACCCAGUGACCUUCUGGGCAGCCUAGUGGAGGAACCUAAAAAAAGACAUGCUAUCCCCAAUCACCUGCUGGAAUCAAAGAUUUAUUCAGAACUGGAAAGGAGCAAGGUUGUACAGGCUGAGCCUGCUGUGUUACACUAUGGAGGGUACAAAGUUGGAAAACAUCACCAACAGACACUGAAACUGAUAAAUAUAUCUGGUGAUGUAAUAAACCUUCACAUAAUACCACCCCAGACAAAGUAUUUUCAGAUCAAAUACAACAAAACACACCGGCUUGUCCCUGGCUUGUCAUAUGUGGUUACUGUUGAUUUUUGUCCUGAUGAGUGGCGGUAUUACUAUGACUGCAUCCGAAUUCACUGUCAGGGAGAAGAUACAUUAGUCAUUCCUGUGCAUGCUUACCCUGCUGUGAAUGUUGUAGAAUUUCCAUCAUUUAUAAAUCUGUCUGAUGUAUCAGUUGGUAAGAGUAAGGAGUAUGUUAUCCCGUUGCAGUGCAGCUGUCCAAUAGACUUUGAAUUCCACAUUGAUUUUAUUCAGCCUCAUAGAGCCUUCACUGUCCAGCCAACAUUUGGAAUCAUUCCAGGCAAUGGGAAAGUGGAAGUAACUGUGAAAUAUUCCCCAUUUGAGUAUGGAACAGCACAAAUGACAAUGCAGUUACGAAUUUCACAGUUUCACUCAAAACCCUAUGUAUGCGUAUUCACAGGAACUUCGACACCACAUCUGGGUCUAAUAAAAGAACAUUUUAACAAACAGCGAAGGCGUCCAGAGAAAAAAGCUGCAUCUGCAGGAAAAUCCAUUGUGUGGAGAAGAGGCCAAUUCAGCCAACCACAAUCGAGGCCUAUUCAAAAAGUAAAGGAAAUAAUUGAAUACCAGAACCUCAGAUUCCCCACAGACUUGUCAAAUCCAUAUGCUGUAGCUACUGUUUUGAAUCAGGAACCAGGCAAAUUGAAGAUUAAGGACUUGAAAGAAGCCUUUUCCCAAGGCAAUGAAGGGAUAAAAAUAAGACAGAUGAAGGAAGCCAUAUUUCAACUAAAAGUCAAACAAAAUAUUCAGGAAGAGGAAGGAAAUCAUCUAAAGAGGCAAGUUCAUAAAGGCAAAGAUCCAAUAUCUGUGGAAUUUAAAAAAGAGGUUAUUGAAAACCGACAGAGGGAAGAAGAGCAAUACAAGGUUAGAAGAGGAGAUCCUAUCAUAGAACAGGAGUUUCAAAGGAACGAAGUAGAAGUUACUUUCAGACGUGUUACCCGGUUUGCUGACCAGUGUCCAAGUGUCCAUCCCACAUUUGACUUGCUCCAUAAUGACCCUUGGGACAACAGAAACAGGAUGUUGAGGAAAUUCCAACAAGCAGCAUACAAGAUUGUGGUUCAGAUUCGGCUAAAUCGCUUACUGCUUCUGUUCCGUGGGCUAACCAGAGAAGCCAAAGGUUUGGAGGAAGGCUCUGUGUCUGAAAGCAGGAGUUUCAGCAAACCAGAGAGAAGUGAAGAAUGUAAGGGCAUUUCUUCCAGGAUAUCUGAAGAUCGUAUAUUGCCUUUUGAACUCCCCUUUUCCAGUUCCUGUGAAUUUCACCGUGAUUUGGCACCUGAUGCUCUUGGCCUAGUUCCUAUCGAACCUGUAGAUGUGAAAGUCAGACACAUUCUUCCUUUUUAUGACUUGAAGGUUCCUCAGCAUUUCAGCAUUAUGAAGUAUCAGCCAUUUUGUACACACCAUGCAGCCACAAGUUACAAACCUCGAAAACUUUCCCGACCACUGAGGCAGGGAGCCCAGGAUGAGUUGGUUCAAGUAGUUUCUUCCCCAGAGGGGCAACUUAACCUGAUCUCCCAGAGUGUGGAUUUUCACAAAACAUCCCCAGAAGAAGCAGCAGAAAGGAAUAUCAGCCUCUUAAAACUGGUUCCUCCCCAAGCUUUAGUCUACCCUACAGAGAGCAACCCACUUCGCAUUUUUAACCCUACUCCAGGAUUAGUUCCAGUUUUACCUCCUUUGGCCUAUUCUGAAACAAAUAUUGAAUAUCAUCUUUGUCCUCAUCCAAAAUAUACCUUUACCAAGGAAUGCCCACAAGGAUCCAGUAUUCCAGUCACACAAAAGAAAUUUCUGCAUCACAAGGAAGUGAUUUGUGAAGUAAUGGAAUGGAGAAGAUUCUUGCCAGUGGUGUAUUCCACUUUUUCUAGCACUCCCACACUGACAAGUACAACACCUAGGGAUCCUUACAGUUUAGAUAUGCUUCCAAGAGAUGUACCACCAAUGCUGUGUGACUUACUUGAGAGAGACAGGGAGAAUAUAAUUGACCAUGAGACAGAUGAAACCGAGUUCAAAAUGAUUCUUACUCCAGAGAUGGUGAGAGCUGAAUUUCCACAAAUUGGGCAGGCACUCUCAGAAGAAGGCAAAGAGAAAUCAGCAAAAGAUGACAGAGACCCGCACAACCAUCCAGAUGGACAUUUUCAACCCCAAAACAACGAGCUCAGAGAGAAGGUUCAAAAACACAUGGAGAAAAUGAAGCUGAAAGCACUUAAUAAAACCCUUAUUCUGGGAUAA